AUAUCUCACAAGCAUUAAAAACUAAAUAUUAAGAGAAUACUAGAUAAGAAUCUGACCUUCAUAAGCUUCUAGCAGAUGUCAGUAACAAUUCUCUUUCUGGGAUGGUUCCUUCUGCUUUACAGAAAUUAAAUGGGGGGUUUCAAUUUGAGAACAAUAAAGGUUUAUGUGGAGCUGGUUUUCCAGAACUUAGAGCUUGCACUGCAUUCAACAAUAUGAACAUCAACCAAGUUGAACCCUCGGGACCAAUCACAAACACUACCACCUCGAAAAACAUUCCGGUUUCUGCAAUUCUCCAAGCACCUUGCGAUCAAACCAAGUGUUCGAAUUCAUCAAAAUUCCCACAAGUAGCCAUCAUUUCAGGGGUUACUACAGCCACCAUUAUAUUAAUAGGUGUUGCAUUUCUGAUAAUUUUCUUUUACCGCCGCCAAAAGCAGAAAAUUGGCAAUAUAUCUGAAUCUUCUGAAGGAAGGCUGAGCACUGACCAGGCUAAAGAGUUCCACGGGGCCGGUGCCUCUCCACUUGUGAGUCUUGAGUACUCUAAUGGCUGGGAUCCAUUUCGUGGUUGCCGAAAUGGAGUUGGAAUCUCAGAGCCCAGUCUAAAUAACUUUAGAUUUAACCUGGAGGAGGUCGAGUCUGCAACUCAGUGCUUCUCUGAGGUGAAUCUAUUAGGAAAGAGCAGCUUCUCAUCUGUUUACAAAGGAAUACUUAGAGGUGGUUCUCUUGUAGCAGUUCGGAGCAUUAAUAUAACAAGUUGCAAGUCUGAAGAAGAUGAGUUUAUGAAGGGUUUGAACUUACUGACAUCCCUCAGACACGAUAACCUUGUUAGGCUCAGAGGCUUUUGCUGUUCCAAGGGUAGGGGUAAAUGCUUUCUUAUCUAUGAUUUUGCUCCUAUGGGAAACCUGUCAAGAUAUCUUGAUCUAGAAGAUGGAAGCAGUCAUAUUCUUGAGUGGUCCACAAGGGUUUCCAUUAUCAAUGGCAUUGCAAAAGGUAUCGAAUAUUUACACAGAGGAGAGGCAAAUAAACCUGCUAUAAUUCACCGACGAGUAUCUGUUGAGAAAGUUCUACUUGACCAGGAAUUCAAGCCAUUGAUGGCAGACUCUGGCCUUCGUAAGUUUCUAGCAGAUGACAUUGUCUUCUCAGGCAUAAAAACAAGUGCUGCUAUGGGAUACCUAGCUCCAGAGUAUGUAACCACAGGACAUUUUACUGAAAAGAGCGAUAUAUAUGCAUUUGGAGUGAUCAUUCUCCAAAUCCUCUCUGGUCAACAUAUGCUUUCCAACUCAAUGCGUUUGGCAGCUGCAUCUAGCAGAUACGAGGAUUUCAUUGACACCAAUCUCAAAGGGAACUUUUCUGAAUCAGAAGCAGCUAUGCUAUCAAAAAUAGCACUUGAUUGUACACAAGAGCUUCUAGAGCAGAGGCCAACAAUGGAGGCAGUGAUUCAAGAGAUGAACAAGAAGUAAUCCUGGUUCCUGAUCGCCACCACUCGUUCUGGAACAUGGAGAAGUUGAUGAUGCAAACAAGGUGAGCAGACCUCACUAAACUGCAGAGACUACUAGCACAAAUCAUUCAUACUAAUCGUCAAACGUGCGCCUUUUAAGGACUUGAAACUUACAGCAAAUAUAAGAAGAUGCAUGGCUUUUGUAAAAUUAGAGUCGAUUGAUAGAGUGCUCGAGAAGGAGAAAAUCCUAUGAUUUUAUUUUAAAUAAAUUUUCCCUUGAGCUUUAUGAGAAAAAUGACAAAACCCUUUCGUAUGA